AUGGUGCCCCCCAAGAAGGGCAAGGGAAAGGAUAAGGCCGCAGCGGCAAUCCCAGCAGCCCAGCCCGCUGCGUCGUCGUCCAAGGAUGGUGCCAAAGGCAAGAAGACCUCUGGCCUGUCACCCAUGGAGCAGGCCGCCGGCCCAGCUGCCAACAAGCCGACCGUCAAACAGAUCAUUGGCGGGUCGUCGUGGACAGGGAAGCUGCCUCAGAACCUCUUCAACGAGUAUUGCCAGAAGCAGCAGUGGGGAAAGCCUGUCUAUGACAUGCGCAAGACUCCUGAGGGGUAUGCCUGCUUUAUUACCAUAAGUGCAAAGGACCAGAAGACUCAGGAACUCAUGACCCUGGACCCGUUCAAGAUCGCACCGGACUAUAAACACUUGCUCACGAGGCCCACCGCCCUGGAAGCCCGACAUGCCGCGGCAACGUAUGCCCUGUUUAGGGUGUGCAGCAUGCAGAACAAGCACACCGUGCUGCCGCCAGACUACAAGUCCAUGUGGAAGGACUUUCAAGAAAUCAAGAAGCAGGAUGUCAAGGACGGGAAAGCAUGGAUGUACGAUGCGGACCCGUUCAAGACUCUUAAGGAGAGACAGGACUCCAAGGCAUCAGCGGAGAAGAAGCGAAAGGAAGCCGAGGCGGCCAAGGAGAAGGCAAAGUCUAUGCCUGGGGCAGCCGGGCUGGGCGCGUCCAACGCCAUGAAGGGCUGGAUCACGGCGCCAAAGAUUGAAAUGGGCAAGCGUUCGCGGACGCAGGUCGAGGCCUUGAUUCAAAAGUACGUCACUUGGAACCCGAACAAGGUCCAGAUGCCGGCAGGGCAAAAGAAGGCCAUAACCGAGGAGCUCAGCAAGCUGGGUUUCCGGCGAAGCCACGUCGAGGAAGCCACAGAGAUCUGCAAGGAUCGCGAGGAGACGCUCGAGUGGCUGUUGAUUCACGUGCCAGAGGACGACCUGCCGCGUUGGGCCUUACCUGAGAGCUAUGCUGCGGGAAUCUCGGUGGCGUCGAUGGAUCUCAAAAAGGAGGGUGCCAUCAAGCGCCUCUCUGAGUCAGGCUACGCUCCCGACCUUUGUGCUCGAGUUUUCGAAGAGGCUGGCGGUGAUGAAGGCAGGGCGGCCGAGCUUCUUCAGCAACGUCUCGUGGGACAGGUGUCGGCAGACGCACAGAGAAGCACCGUAGAGGAGCUCCUUCCGCCGGGUACCUCAGCUGACGAACUGUGGGACGAUGAGGUGUCUGCGAUGGAGUCUUCUUUCGGCGACCAUUUCAAGCAGACCUCGCCCGACAUCAUCGAAGUACAGCUUGAGAAAGUCAAGAACGCGGGCAAGCCGGUAGCUGCGUCAGUCCAGGUCCGCAGAACGCCCAACUACCCCGCCCAGCUCAUCUUUGCCGUCGUGGCACCGCUUCCGGCGCAAAUCAAGCUUUCCAUCAUCAAGCAAACACUUUCUUAUCUGGAGGAUUCCUAUUGGGAAGAGCCCAUGAAGGUAUUUGUGGCCAUCGAUUGGAUCCAGCAGAACAUUAACGACAUCAUCGAACGGCCCGGGAAGCUUUCAGACAUCUCUGCGGUAGCGUCGACGGCAUCUGAGGUCCCCAGCGAGUCUCGGCCGCAGAGGCCCUCGGCCAAAACACAGAGGCUACCGAAGCCCAUCUCAUGGACACCUGAUUCUCGGACACGAGACGAGUGGCUGAGGAGAACCGAGGAACCCGCCUGGGAGAGGAUGAUGUCGAAACGCCAGCAGUUGCCGGCGUGGCAGGUUCGGGAGAAGAUCAUCAACACCGUCGAACACAACCACGUCACCAUCAUCAGUGGAGAAACCGGGUCCGGAAAGUCGACGCAGUCGAUGCAGUUCAUCCUGGACGACUUAUACAACAGGGGUCUGGGCAAGUGCGUGAACAUGCUGGUCACACAGCCCAGGAGAAUCUCUGCACUCGGUUUGGCGGACCGUGUGGCCGAGGAGCGAUGCACCAGGGUCGGAGACGAAAUCGGUUACGCCAUCCGUGGCGAGAGCCGCCGAAGCAACAACACGAAGAUUACAUUUGUGACCACUGGUGUGCUACUCAGAAGGCUGCAAACCUCUGGUGGAAGGAUCGAAGAUGUUGCCGCAUCGCUUGCCGAUGUCAGCCACAUUGUCAUUGACGAGGUUCACGAGCGUAGCUUGGACACGGACUUCCUCCUCACCAUCGUCAGGGAGGUCAUGAAGGAGAGAAAGAAUCUUCUGAAAUUGGUGCUCAUGAGUGCUACUCUGGAUGCUGCAUCUUUUAAUUACUACUUCACUUCCCAGGGCUUGGACGUUGGUAUGGUAGAGAUCGCCGGAAGGACAUACCCCGUUGACGACUUUUACUUGGACGAUAUCCUCAGCAUGACGGGAUUCAGGGGCGACGCGGGCGACGCGGAUGGCGGGCGAGGCGAGGCGAUGGGCAAGACCAUCCAGAAGCUGGGCCAUCGCAUCAACUACGACCUCCUUGCGGAGACUGUCAGAGAGAUUGAUGCGGAUCUCUCCCACUCGCAGAAAACCGGCGGUAUUCUCAUCUUCCUGCCUGGAGUGGCAGAGAUCAACCGGGCAUGUGGCGCGCUUCGGUCGAUCAAUUCGUUGCAUGUGCUCCCGCUUCACGCCUCGCUUGAGACGAAGGAGCAGAAGCGCGUCUUUUCCAAUCCGCCUAGCGGCAAGAGGAAAAUUGUGGUUGCUACCAACGUGGCAGAAACGUCCAUAACGAUUGAUGACAUCGUUGCCGUUAUUGACAGUGGAAAGGUGAAAGAGACCACCUACGACCCUGUGAACAACAUGAGGAAGCUGGAGGAGAACUGGGCCUCGCAAGCGGCCUGCAAGCAGCGACGCGGUCGUGCCGGCCGAGUCCAGGCGGGCAAAUGCUACAAGCUCUACACCAGAAACCUCGAGCAGCAGAUGGCCGAGCGUCCUGAUCCUGAAAUCAGGCGAGUGCCGCUGGAGCAGAUGUGUCUUUCGGUGCGGGCCAUGGGGAUAAGGAACGUUGCCGGGUUCCUCUCCCAGUCGCCCACGCCGCCGGACAGCACGGCGGUGGACGGAGCCAUCAAGUUGUUGCGGCGGAUGGGCGCGUUGGACGGCGACGAGAUGACGGCCCUGGGACAGCAGCUUGCCAUGAUACCGGCUGAUCUACGAUGCGCCAAGCUCAUGGUUUAUGGUGCCAUCUUCGGGUGCUUGGAUGACUGUGUCACCAUUGCAGCCAUUCUUAGCACCCGUAGUCCCUUCAUGUCGCCUCCGGACAAGCGAGACCAAGCAAAGGAUGCUCGCAUGCGGUUUUCGAACGGUGACGGCGAUCUUCUCACGGACCUCGAGGCUUUCAAGCAAUGGGACGAGAUGAGAGGUGACGGUGUAGGACAACGCCAGCUGCGCAACUUCUGCGAAGACAACUUCCUUUCGUGGCUCACUCUCAACGACAUUUCCGCUACUCGGAUCCAGUAUUACUCAGCGCUUUCCGAGAUCGGGAUCGUCGAGACGAACCGGUAUGCUGCAGCGCAGAGCCAGAGCAAGUCCGGCAUGACGCUCCUCCGAGCGCUCACAGCUUCCGCGUUCAACCCGCAGAUCGCACGCAUCCAGUACCCCGACAAGAAGUUUACCAGCACGGUAUCCGGUACGAAGGAGCUGGACCCGGAGGCCCGGACGAUCAAGUACUUCACACAGGAGCAGGGGCGCGUGUUUGUGCACCCCAGCAGCACGCUUUUCGGCAGCCAGGGAUUCACUGGCAACGCGUCUUUCAUGUCGUACUUCACACUGAUCUCGACCAGCAAGACGUUCAUCCGGGAUCUGACUCCCUUCAACGCCUACACCCUACUCCUGUUCUCGGGCGCCAUCAGCCUGGACACCUUGGGACGAGGACUCGUAGUCGAUGAGUGGGUGCGUCUCCGAGGCUGGGCGCGGCUGGGAGUCUUGGUGUCGAGGCUCAGAGGCAUGGUUGACGAUGUGAUUGCGAUGAAGAUUGAGAACCCCGGCUUGGAUCUUACAAACAAUGAAGUGAUCAAGAUGGUUGGAAAACUGAUAGAGCUGGAUGGACUAGACGCAUGA